CAUACGUGGAAGAGAGAGAAAUAGGGGGAGAGAGCGAAGCGGGCGCUCCAUCUAUCGCCCGGCGCUAGCGCUGGUUACGAGGAGAUAGAGCUAGCUUGUAGCCAGUUGCCAACGCUAGGCCGCCGCUUCUUCUCCCCUUCUCGAUCCCGUACGAAUCGCUCUAAAUUGAGUUCUUCCCGCGCCAAAUCGUCUUCUUCCCGCGCCAAAUCGUCCUCUUCCGCGCCAAUCUCCACUCUAUCCCCUCAAAUCAGACCUUCCUGUGCCAAAUACAAUCCCCGGAUAGAAAAGUUGUCCCCAAAUCGCCUCAAGAACCAUAGACUCCAAGCCCGCCUCCGCCGGCGGCGCCCGCAGCGAGAUGGCUGGAAAGUCCAAGAGGACAACGGCGCCGACGCCUCUUGAGUUCCCAUGGUCGGCAGGUCAGCUCGUCCCACCGCCAAUGGCUGCGUCCGUCACGCCGCCAAUGGCUACGUCCGUCACGCCGCCAACGGUUCAGCCUAUGCCGGGGAUCCCUUCCAUGUAUGCGCCCGGCGUCUGGUUACCACCACGCCCAUCGCAGUCCAUGGCGUCCUCCUCCCCACCGUGUUGGGUCGCUGGAGUACAGCAACCAAGUAUGGCCGCUUCGUCAGCUCAAGCCCCUUGGUGCAGACCGCCCGCUGAAAGUGGAUGCACAAUACAACCUACACUCCCAGCCGAGAAUCUUGAGGAGUACGAUCUGCAAGCAUGGGGAUUGAAUUCUAACCCACCUGGGGGUUUCCUCGGUUACUUUACAAACACAUCAAGCCACACACAAGGUAUGGGGAAUGGGACUUCAUCGCAGCCGAUCAAUGUUGGCAAUGACACCAAUGGUGGUGAUUGUGCAAGGACUGAAAAACGCUUGACAUGGACAAAAGAGGAGGAUCUUAGAUUGGUCAGUGCUUGGUUGAAUAAUUCAAACGACCCAAUCCAAUCAAAUUACAAGAAGAAUGAGCAAUAUUGGAAAGAGGUUGCUGCUGUCUACAAUAGUACCACCCCCAAAAAUAGGGCAAGGCUAGUCAAGCAAGUGAAGGAUCGCUUUGGGAGAAUUAAGAAAAAGGUUGCAUGGUUUUGUGCGAGUUGGAAGGAGGCUAAUGCUUUGUAUGCUAGUGGAGAAUCUGAUGUAGAUUUAAAGAAGAGGGCAAUGCAAACUUAUGAGGAAGAUCACAAAGAAGAUGGUCCGUUUAUGUUUGAGCAUUGCUGGGAGUUUCUCAAAAAGCAACCAAAAUGGGACGCAUAUUUGGAACGCCUAGAAGAUCUAGAGCCAGAAAAGAGAAAGUUCAGCGUUGAUGAUGAAGUGGGGCAGCAUUUUACUCUAGAUGAUGCUCGAGAUGAACGACCACCGGGUGGCAAGCAAGCUAAGGAGCAGCGGAAACGAAAAAGAAAGGAUGAAAGUUGCAUAAUAGAUCUUGAAGAUGAGCUUAGCAAGUUCGUAGAUGCUCAGAAUGCAGCAAAUGAGGGACGCAAAGAGAUGUUAGAGACACAAAGGCGUGUGUCUAGUGAAAAUCUUGAAGCUCGGAAGCUUGCAUGCCUUGCAGCAAAAGAUCACAAGGAGUCUGUCAUGCUAGAGACGUACCGAUCGUUGAUGAUGCAAGACACAACUGGAAUGCCUGAAGAUGUGAGAUCAGAGGACGUGUUGGCAUUGAAGUGUUUUAGGGAGAGGUUAUUUGGCAAAACUGACUAAGUGGUUGAAGGUUAUUGAUGCAAAUGGUUAGCUGCUCCUUUCUACCAAAGUUCCAACGGUGGCUUUGUGCCUUUAUUAUCAUCAAGAUCAAACUACUAUCUUAUUUGCUGGAGACCAUAUUUAGUAUUUUGUUUGGCUAAUGCUUUCUUCUAAAGAGUCAUGUAAUGUUGAAUUGU